AUGCCUCUUCAGGGCAAAUAUGAGGUUAAACUUGGUCGAAGCUUUCUGGAUCCUUCACAGAACUGUUUUAUGACUAUGAGAUGUGACUUCUUACCUGCAUCAGUUGAUAGAGAGCAGCCUGGGUCCAUAAGAAUUGUGAAUGAAAAGGAAGUUGAUGUUCGGUUGCCUAAUGUUUCUGGUGCGGAGCAAUCGUCCACUUUACUCAAGGGUAACAUGCGUCCAGUUCAAAAAGAAUGUCUUCUAAUUUACAAUAAAACCACGGGUGAAUUAACUCUAGAGCGUAUAUCUAGAGCUGCACAAUUGAAGAACGUGCGAGAUGGACCACCAGGCAAGAAGCCAAGUGAACCUGUUCAGAACUCGUUACCCUCACAGUCCACCACUACAUCGAACCAAUCCUCCAAAGCUAAGGUUAGAACUAUGUCCGAAUCUAGUUCCGAAUCCAGCGUACGAGUGCCCAAGCCCAAACGCACCUCCCCUCCCGAUCAGCGUCCCCCUCCCUCCUCAAAUUUGAAGAGGUCUACACUGAGUUCGUCCUCGUCUUCAUCCUCAUCGAGUAUUAGCGAAGCUGGGAGUCUUAGUAACCCCCUCCACAAACAGCGUCACGAACAACUUUCUAGCCUUUCAAGUCUCAGCGAGCCGGAUGACAAACCUGUACCUCCUCCACCCUCCGCUCUGCAGCAGUCACAACCGACCUCGAGGGACCCCUCCUCCUUGCAGCCGUCGGUCUCUAUGCAGCGCGCCUUGGUGGCCAAUUACCUACACCUCAGUGAAUCUGAAUCGGAGGAGGACGGUGAGGACCCUUCCUAA